GCUACUUUAAGGCAAUCAUGACCCAUUGUUCAACUUUUUCCCCCGAAUCUGCAUUUUCACAGAGAUGAUGACCAACCACAACCACACCACCUAUCUCCAACUCUCAUCUGCUCCGCCGGACCAUCAAAUCUUCCCGCGCUUUCCCUCUCUUGGUGUCGCCACCGCCAACCACCAAAAUCCCAGAAAGAAGAGAACCAAAUUGAUCCCGAUUGGGGUUACGAGUAGUAGCGGUGGUGGUGUUGCGACUGCCAAGCCUAAGUGUGGAAAAAAGCCAGACCCGAGUGCUCCCAAGAUUACUCGCCCCUGCAGUGAGUGUGGGAAGAAGUUCUGGUCAUGGAAAGCGCUUUUCGGGCACAUGCGGUGCCACCCGGAACGCCAGUGGCGCGGUAUCAACCCUCCGCCCAAUUUCCGGCGACCCACUUCGCCGGAGAUUAGCGGCGACGCCAGAAUGACCCCGGAGGAUCACGAGGUCGCCGCCUGUUUGUUAAUGUUGGCCAAUUCUCCUACUGCUUUUGAGACACAAUGUGCUGCUACUACUACUGCUACUAUGUUGGAAUCUGAUACUGUGGUGGUUAGGGAUGACAAGGCGGCGGCAAGUGGCGGUGGCGGUGAUGGUGAUAAUUUGGAUGUGAAUUGCCGAUUCGAGUGUUCGAGUUGCAAGAAAGUGUUUGGGUCACAUCAGGCAUUAGGAGGGCACAGGGCUAGUCACAAGAAUGUGAAGGGUUGUUUUGCAAUUACGAGGAGCGACGGAGAGGAAGUGGUGGCGCUAGAUCAUGAGAGGAGUAGUGGUGGAGGGGGUGGAGAAGGAGAGGUAGUGAUGAGGGAGAAUGGGGGGGAGGAGGAGGAUAAGAUGGUGAUGGUAUUAGGGCACAAAUGUAGCAUAUGUUUGAGGGUAUUUUCUAGUGGUCAAGCCCUCGGUGGACACAAAAGGUGCCACUGGGAGAAAGGGGAUGAACCAUCAUCACAAGGGCUCAACCCUUAUGGACCAACUAAGUCCGAGGGAUGUUGUGAUUUGGACUUGAACUUGCCUGCCCCUGUUGAGGAUGAUUCUUCCUCCUCUUUUUCUUCAGGGUUGGCUUUGGAUUUAAGGUUAGGACUAUGAUGAAUGAAA